CUAAGGAACCACUCUGUACACUAUUUGCAAAGAUGUAUUCCAUAUUGUGUGUAACAGUUUCCGUUAUUCUUAUUCUUGCAAAGAAUGGGUCUGCCUUUACAUGCGAUAAACAUGCAUCGAUUUGUGAAACCUCUUUGGAUAUAUCCACGGCAUUGACAAUGUUCCAUGAAAAAGAAUUAGCUAUUUUCCCGAAAGGCGGUCUUUUGUACCGUUAUGACGUCAAGAACAUCACCGCUGCAACACCGGUAAAUAUUGAUGAAGUCAAUACAGCAGACGGCUGGGAAAUGCAAAGAGUCGUGAUCGUCGCAAACGGCACUCUACCAGGACCGACAAUUACCGUGUACGAGGAUCAAACCUUAAUAGUUCAUGUCAAGAAUAAUUUAUAUUCCGACACAGUAACCAUUCACUGGCACGGUCUUCCACAGAAAGACACACCCUAUAUGGACGGGGUCGGUUUUGUAACACAGUGUCCUAUCAAUCCAGGACAAACUUUUACACACACCUUUAAAGCUAGACCGAGCGGUACAUAUUGGUAUCAUUCCCAUGUUGGAGCACAGAGAGCAAAGGGCUUGUACGGUGCACUGAUUAUCAAAGAGCGUCAUCCACCACACAUUGUCCAUGGAGUGGCUGAAGAGUUUGUGAUGCAGAUUCAGGACUGGAACCAUGCCUAUGGUGUAGAUCAAGCAUUUCUUUAUGCGGAUGUAGGAGUCGUCCUAAACAGAAUAGAAAUCAAAAACUCGAUGGCGCUGGAUGGCUCGAAAUUUGGUCCUUGGUACGCCCAAUCAGCUUUAAUAAAUGGCAAAGGAAGGUAUAACGACCCAAUUACUCACACACAUAACGAGGCGCCUCUCGAAGUUUUUAAAGUUCAUCGGCAUAGAAACUAUAGAUUUCGUGUGAUAAAUGCUGCCGCAAUGUAUCCAUACAGAAUUUCCAUUGACAGCCAUCCUUUGACAGUUGUUGCCACAGAUGGUUAUUACAUAAAACCAGUAGUUGUUGAGUCAGUGAUCCUACAUCCUGGAGAGAGAUUCGAUUUCAUUAUACAAGCCAACGAGAACGUUGGAAAUUAUAUGAUCAGAGGUCAAACGUUAGAGGUAGAUAGGCGCACUAUUGCAGAGGCGAUCUUGCACUAUGAAGGGGCGGAUCAGAAUUACAUAAACAUAUUUUCAACAAGAACACAAUGUCUUUCUUCAAAGGAAUGCUUGGUCUUGAAUUGUCCAUUUUCAUUUUAUCCAAACGAAAAACAUACCCAGUGUAUUACAAUGGAUGCUAUCAAAAGCAAUGAUCCUACUGGCGUGCCAGAUGUUCAACCAGGAGCCUUUCAAGAAUAUUUUCUAAAUUUUGCCUUUCCAGGACUGACAUUUAAACCUGACUCUGUUAACGGUAUAGAAUUCAGGUUUCCCACAGUCUCGGGGAUCUCUCAACCAACCGAGAUAACUGAACAAUGCUCAAAAGUUGACUGUGGGGAACAGAAGGUUUGUUCUUGCACCAAUACUAUUGAUCUGAACCACAAUGACACGGUUCAGUUUGUGUUUGUCAACAUGGGAAUAGGAAAGGGUUGGUCCCAUCCAAUUCACAUGCACGGUCACAGUUUUUAUGUAAUAAAGAUGGGGUAUGGUAACUACAACACUUCCACUGGUGAAUUCAUUUCACAGAACUCGGACAUAGACUGUCGUGGGGGGACUACCCAAGAUAAAAGUUUCUGCAAUGACGCCACGUGGAGUGAUCCAUCAUGGAAGAAUGGAAAUAUCCCUGGUCUUAACCUUGUGGAUCCUCCACAAAAAGACACAAUAAUCGUCCCUAGUGGUGGCUACGUGGUGGUGAGGAUUAGGGCUGAUAAUCCAGGAUUGUGGAUCAUGCAUUGCCACAUCCAGCUUCACUCAGCAGAUGGAAUGACAUUACUUCUGAAUGAGUCCUUCCCAAACUUGCCUCCGGUUCCUAAAGAUUUUCCAACUUGUAGAGGCUUCAAGACAGAUCCAGUUAGUGUUUAACAAUAAUAGAUCAAAACCCAGUCUGACCAUGAGGAAGAGAUCAAAGGUACAACAACAAACUAAUCAUCGAAGAAUUCCAGUCGAAAUCUACCUUUUCAACAAUUCCUGCAGAUAAAAAAAAAACCAGCGCAGCUAUUCUAUGUUCUGUCUACAAAUAAAAAGAUACUAAAUAACA